UCUGCGUAUCUCCCCUUGUGUGUCUAUGUCUCGCGUUUCCCAUUCUCCAGGUUUCCAUGUCUCAGGUGCUCAGGUCUUUAGUUUCUUUGUACUUGUUUUUAAGGUUUCUCCCAGUUUAGGUUUCGCUAAUUUAGUCAUUGUCACAUUUGGCUUUGUUUGACUUCUGCUCCGCCAUAACAAAGGCUCACUUUCAGUUCAAGUUCUGUUCCAUCUCCAAUGCUUGCGUUUGGGUCCUCUCACUCAUAAGGAAUACCGUCGUGGUCAUAAAGAUUGUAGCUAGCCGGCUACAAAGCCUGGUUUCCGGCUUCCUCUUUGUAGUGGACUUUCUCCGACCUUUGAUUACGUUUCUCCUGAGCCUGGAAAUUUAAAGUCUGUGUUUUCAGAAACAGAAUCAUCUGCUCUAAGGACUUAAAGAACUGUGUUACUCCCACUCCUCCCUGUGCUCACUCCUCCCUGGUCUGGAAUAAUAAUUCCAAAGAUUGUUUAUUCUGAGACUGCGUGACUGUGAAACUGGGCUCCUCAGAAACUGAAACUCCCCUCAGAGGCUGAGCCUGUGACCUCAGCUGGCUCUGCACUCCUGGAGGCAGUGCAGCCUUCUUCUCCUCCUCCGUCAGCUGGGAGCUAGGCGAGUUCAUCCAGCCAGCCAUCCCGAUCAGAUUGCAUGGGCUGCGCAGCCCCAGCUGCUGCAUCCUGAGCCAGCUGUGUGCCCUGCACAGCUCCAGAUAGCUCUGCUUCAGCCAGAGGUUUCUGCACCUGCUGGCCCUGUUUCGCCUCAGCCGAGCCCCUGCAGCCUCCUGUUUCAGCUGGAGGCUCACAUGAGCCCGCUCAGCCAUUGCCUGCCUCAAGUCGCACCAUACAGUUUAUACCACAACAAUAAAAUGUAUUAUUAUGACUAUCUUCUUCAGUCCUGCUGUCUCCCUGCCGGAUCUUCUCCUCUUUCCGUCCUCGUCUGACCUCACCUCGUAUCUGCUCCUCUUCCUGCAAUAACAGAAGACGCCUCCCUGACUAGCCUUGAUUAUUAAUAUUAUGCUACUGAUUCUAUUUAUUAUUUAAGUUUGGGAAAUUCUGUUCGGACACCCUCAGCCCAGUAUGAUGUGUACGACAUGGAUGCAGGAGAUGCUCCCUCUCAUCAUCAGCGGAGGGGAUCCGGCCUCCGUUGAGACUCUCCACAACUGGGACCGUGUUCCAUGGCUGGAGGAGAAUCGAGCCCUUACCCUCAACCUUGAAAAGAGGCCGUCUCCACGCAUGUUUACAACUCACUUCCACUACAGCAUGAUGCCGCCAUCCUUCUUUGAAGUUAAACCAAAGGUCAUCUAUGUCAUGAGGAACCCCAAAGAUGUGUUUACGUCUGCUUUUCACUAUUUCGGGUCAACUUCGUUCCUGGUGAAACCAGGCCCACAGAGCGAGUUCCUCCAGAAGUUCCUAGAUGGAGAAGUUAUAUUUGGUUCCUGGUUUGACCAUGUGAAGGGUUGGCUCAAUGCUAAAGAUAAGGAGUCCAUCAUGUACAUCUCCUAUGAAGAACUUUUAAAGGACCUGAAGGACUCUGUGGCCAGAAUCGCUCAGUUCAUGGAGAAAUCUCUGGAUACUGGAGUAAUAGAGAAGAUAGCAGACCGAUGCUUGUUCAAGAACAUGAAGAAAAACAGCAUGUCGAACUACUCGGCUGUUCCUAAAGAAAUCAUGGACCAGAGCAAGUCUGAAUUCCUCAGGAAAGGAAUUGCUGGAGACUGGAAGAAUCAGCUAACAGAGGCAGAAGCAGAAUGCUUUGAUGCUGUUUACAAAGACAAAAUGAAAGAUGUCAAAUAUAAAUUUGUUUGGGAUUAAAAGACUAAAUGAAAGUCAUUUCAUCAUAGAAUUAGAGAAACAAAGUAGAGCAUUAAAUGGUUUGUUGAUAUGUAUUCAUGACGUAAUUUCGUAGUUAUCAACAUAAAACUGGUAACAGCAUUCUGAUUGGUGCAAAACCAAAAUCAGCUCUGUUUAAGUGAAACCCUGGUGGAGUGAGGGAGUUGUCAGGGUCGAUGUCAGUGAUGAUGUUGAAAGAGUCCGCGAAAUAAUUUUCCACUAGGCUAGAGAACUGUGAAACUUAAAAUAUCCAAUGUCACUGAAUGAGAGUGGCAAUAGGACCAGUAAAAUGUAACAUGUAUUUGUUUGUUCUAUGCCAUUUUGUUUUCUGCUUCCAAACUUUCAAAUGAUGUACUUUUAACUCAAUACCAUUUAUAUUAACUCUUAAGUUGCUUAUUCUACAGAUUUUAAAGCAUAAAAUGUGAUAAAAAGCUAUAUUGUUACAGAUAAAGCUACCCCCUGAUGCACAAGUAAUUAAAAGCAUGUGAUAUAAACAUUCAAAAAUUAUGAUCUAGUAAUAUAGUGCAUAUAUUCUGCAUAAUUAAAGUAUAUUCUAAUGCUCAAACAUUUGUUCCAUUACUUAAGUAGAUUUAUGCCUUUAUUCAAUAUGAAACAGUUUUUACAUUUGGGUGCAAUGCCACUUUACAUAUAAUACUUUUGCAUACGCACACAGGUCUGCACAAGUAUGCAAGUUUUCCUGUGCUGUGUGUUUUUCUGGUCAAAUGCUCUGAAGUGUCACAAGGAGUUAUGCUACCCUCUGUAGCUCAGAUCGUACAUCUUGUCUGUUAAAGUGGUCACUAUGCCAGAUUAAAGCCCUAAAAUCUUGCCUAA